AUGAACCCCCCCAUGAACCCCCGUCAUCUCCCUUCCCAACCCCGAGCACAAACCCCACAACUGAACACAGCAGCAGCAACCAACUCGUUCGCCUCCGACCCACGCGUGCACUUCUCGCUCGCCGAUCAGAAAUGGGUCUUUGAAGCCGACGACGGCAGUGAGAUGGAGUGGGAUACGGCCAGGGGGGCUUGGGUGCCUAGAGUGAGUGCUCUUUUCUCUUUGCAGGCUCAAAGUGAAUGAUAGCUGAUGGUUGUUUUUGUUUGGGAUCGGUGUCGUCGUUCGGUCCUAGUUGGGCGAGGAGGAGGUCGCACAGCAACAGGCGGCGUAUGCGGUCCAGGGCGUUGAUGAAUCCGUGAGUUGCUCGCUGCAUCGCUCAGGCUUCACACCCCUCACCAUCCGUGUGCCAUCGAUCGUCAUAGGUCCCCGCGGCCCCCGUGUUGGCUCGUCAGAACGGCAAGAAGCGUAAAGCGGACCAAGUCACGCCCCAGCAGACCAGCACGGAGAGGAACUACUACAACGACGACGACGACGACGACGACGACGACGACAACAACACCAACACCAACACCAGUAGCAGCAUCGCCUCAACUUCGAACCUAUCCGGUCCGCCCGCCCAGAACAAACCCAACAAAAAGGCCAAACCGCCCAAAGCCAACACGGCCAUCUUCGUGUCCCACCUCCCAGCUACGACGACGAUCCCGCUCCUGCAAACCGUCUUCUCCAAAGCCGGCCUCAUCCUCGAAGACGUUGACGGAAACGCUCGGAUCAAGCUCUACCACGACGAAACGACGGGUCUCUUCAAAGGCGAGGCCUUGAUCGUGUACCUCCAAGCGGCGAGCGUCGAUCUGGCGAUCCGGUUGUUGGAUGAGACCGAGUUGGAACUGGGCAAGGGUCAGCAGGUGAUGAAGGUCUCGGAAGCGCAGGCUUGGAGGAAGAAAUCGGGUACGGCAGGCGAAGGGAAUGCGGAUGACAAGGGGAAUGCGGAGGGGAAGCAGAAGCCGAAGAGGACCGAGUUGGAGAAGAAGAAAUUGAGCAAGAGGGCUGAGAAAUUGAAUCAGUCAGUCUUCCUUCCCGUGCGCAAUCAGUUUCUUCUUCUUCUUGCAGUUCCUCAACCGACGUCAUUCUCACCACAGGCGACUGACCGAAUGGUCCUCCGACGAAGACGACAACUCGGCCGCCAUCGUUGCACGAGCCCGAUCGAACAAAGUCGUCGUCCUUCAAGGCAUGUUCACCCUCAAAGAAUUGGAGGAUGAUCCGACGCUUUUGCUUGAGCUCAAGGAAGACGUCAGGGAUGAAUGCGAGACGAUGGGUACGGUCACGAAUGUCACGCUUUACGAUGUACGUAGGGCAUCGGAUUGUAGUGUUGCGACUGAGGACUCAAGCCGUUGUUGGCAUUCACAGAAAGAGGAAGAAGGCAUCAUCACCAUCCGCUUCAAGGACGAAGUGUCAGCCCAGGCUUGUAUCGCAGUAAGUCUGUUCCCUUCUUCAUCACCUUUCAAAAACCAUACCAAGACAACCUACCCCUGCCCUCUCCCGCUCCGCUUCUCAGAAAAUGAAUGGUCGUUUCUUCGGUGGUAGAUCCAUCGUCGCGUCCCUAUUGGACCCUAAACAGAAGUACCGUCGUACAGGCCAAGGCGUCAGUUUAGAAGGCACGGGAUUGGAUCUGGAAGCGGACGAGGAGGCAAGCAAGGCCGAGAAGGAGAGGUUGGCGAGGUACGCGGAAUGGUUGGAGAAGGGCGGCGAUGAGGAGGGUGGCGCGGAGAAGGCUUCGUAA